AUGGUCCACUCGACCAGCAGAAAACCCUCAUCAUCGACGGAUGGCUUCUUCCAAUCUAUCCCCACUGUUCCCCCAGCAUAUACCUUUGUCAACGAUGGGUCCGCAAACUCCAGCUCCCUUGCGGCUUCUGAUGAUUCUACCCUCGCGAGGAUUCUCAAUCUCUACCUACCACCUGAAUCCUCUGUUGGUGUCUCAGUCCACAACCUAUCGCGUCGUGCACUGGAUCCAGUCAUCCUAAACUUGGCCACCGAUGCCGAGGUGAACCCACCUAUCAUCCGACCGCUUACUACCUUCGGCAACCAGAAUCUCGUCGACCCAUUAAUCACCGGAGAAGGAUGGAGAAAACUGAAAACCAUCGGACAAGAGGAGGGCUUGGUUACAGCCGGCUACGAUAAGAGUACUAAACAAUGGAACCGACGCGUGCAUCAGUUCGCACUGAACCAUGUCUGGUCACCAAGUUCUGCGAUGACGGGGUGUCCAGCCUCGAUGACAGACGGAGCGGCCAAGUUGUUGGAGGGACGCUUGGACGACGUGGACGGUGACCAGCCCGGUCGCCGCGCGGUUAUCCAAGAAGCAUACAGACGUCUUGUAUCGAAUGACCCUAGCGAGGCCUGGACGAGCGGACAAUGGAUGACAGAGAGAACGGGUGGCAGUGAUGUGCGAGAGACGGAGACACUGGCGCGGCGUCUGACAACACAAGAAAUCUCGCAAUAUGUCGAACAGGGACGAGACGUGGAUGCUCAUGGAUUGCAGCUUGGCCCAUGGCGCAUCGACGGGUUCAAGUGGUUCAGCAGUGCCACCGACUCCGACAUGGCUCUGCUACUUGCACAGACCGACAAGGGUCUCAGCCUUUUCUUUGUCCCCAUGCGCCGUAGCUCUGGCAAACAAAGCAACGCGAGCGAGCUGAACGGAAUUCGUAUCCAGCGUUUGAAGAAUAAGCUGGGUACUAAGUCUUUACCUACAGCAGAAUUGGAGUUGAAGGGGGUGCGUGGCUGGCUGGUCGGGGAAGAAGGAAAGGGCAUCAAUGCCAUCUCGACUGUGCUCAAUAUUACGCGACUCUAUUGCGCGGGUGCAUCAGCAGCAGGUUGGGGCCGUGGGGUAUCAAUUUGCCGGGCGUACACUCGCAUCCGUAAGACGCGUGGAGCGCUUCUGCAGGAAAAUGUGCCCCAUGUGCGGUGGAUGGCAGAUGAGAUGAUGAAGUAUUCUGCGGCAAUGCAUUUCACAUUUUUCGGGGUCGCACUGCAAGGUACUAUGGAACAGAGCUGGGACUCCAUGGUCCGCGGUACGAACGCUGCUGGGCUUAUCCCGCAGGAUCCUGUCAGGGCUGCGACUCUCCUGCGUCUGAUCACACCUGCCUUGAAGGCUACUGUGAGUGUGAACUCGACUCACGGACUUCGCUCUUGCAUGGAAUGCCUGGGUGGAGUUGGUUACUGUGAGAAUAAUGAAGAUGGCGGUGUUCUGAACAUCGCCAAAAUCUAUCGGGACACGACCGUUAAUGCCAUCUGGGAGGGCACGGUCAGUGUAAUGGCGGAGGACGUUAUUCGAGUUCUUACCGACAAACGGUUGCAGGGUGCGAAGUCGGCUGGCUCAGUUUUGAAUGAAUGGACAUGGGAUAUUUUGAAGACCUGCCAAUCGAGGUUUCCGGGCGAGUGCGCCAUUGUGGAGGGGAGACUAGACGCUCUAAUCGAGACCACACAGAGUACAAGCAGGGAGGAACUCCUGUGGUGCGGUAGGGAUAUCCUCCAACAUAUUGCCGCUAUAGUGUCCUCAUGUUUGCUCAUGUACGAUGCAUCUACCGAUGACGAUGAGCGUGCAAAACAUAUUGCUUCUAGGUGGGUACGCUCACAAGCACUCACAGGUGCUAAAGACACCUUGAAGUCCUCUUGGCAGUAUGAGUCUGCCAUUGAUCGAUUGAUCUUUUUGGGCGAAGGCACUUCGGUCUUCAAGUUAGCGAAGAUCUGA